AUGGGAGGCUCAACGGGCACUAUGCUAGGUAAAUUAAAAGUUAAGAAAACCUUUACUCAAAAAAGAUUUGCAGGAGGAGGCAUUCUAGUGCUUUUAGUAGCAGGAUGGCUUGGCCAAAAGUACGGAUUACCUCCCCCGCCGCCCAAAAUAGCUGGAAUAGAUUUAGGAACGACGUAUUCAUCAAUAGGUUCGUCCUUUUCAAAAUAACAUUUAUUAAGAUCUUCGCUUCAGGUAUUUAUCAUGCAGUGACGGGUGAAACUACAAUUCUACCAGACGAUAUUGGAAAAAAGUCCGUGCCAAGCGUUGUCGCUUUUCUGUGAGUUCCUUUUCCUAAAUUUAAAAAAAAAGAAUGGUUUCAGACCAAAUGGAACAGUGAUAAUCGGUACAAGAGCCGUCGAGCAGCAGGAGCACAAUCCGAAACGAACGAUUUACGAUGCAAAACGGUUCAUAGGAAGAAACUUUGAAAAAGACAACAAAGAUUUCUUGGUGAGUUUGUCCGCACUUCUCCUCAUCUUCAAUUCCAGUUUUGCAGGCCGAUCAGAAAAGAUAUCCAUUCACUAUCAAAUUGGACUCGGAGGGGAAACCCUUCUUCGAGGUUCCUCUGGAUUCCGGCAUCAAAAAUGUGUACCCAGAAGAAAUCGGCUCUCUGAUUAUUGCAUAUUUACGGGCUGCAGCUGCCAAACAACUCGGCGUCGCCCUUCCCCAAGUCGUGAUUUCUGUUCCGGCCGAAUUCAAUGAGAAACAGCGAAAUUUCACGGCGAAGGCAGCCGAAUUGGCAGGAAUGGAAGUGAGAAGAGUGAUAUCUGAACCGACUGCCGCCGCGUUGGCGUACGGGCUGCACAAGAAGCAAGGCGUUGAGAAUGUCGUCGUCGUGGAUCUCGGUUAGUUUCAUUCUAUCCAUUUGACCGUCUAAAAUAAGCUCCAGGCGGCGGAACCCUCGAUGUUUCGGUUCUUUGGCUGCAAGGAGGAGUGUUCGUCACUCAGGCGAUGGCCGGAAAUAAUCGAUUGGGAGGACAGGACUUCAACGAGCGAGUGCAGAGGCAUCUGAUUGAAAAGAUCGCAGAACAGAUCAAGAAGACCGUCGAAGAUAAGGAAGACAUCCAGCAGAUCCGAUUAGAAGUUGAAAGAGGAAAGAUCCGGUUGACGAAUGUCCCCAGCACGACUAUUUCGUUGAAUCUGAAGACUGUCGGCAAAUGGAAGUACGAGUUGACCCGAGAGGAAUUCGAGAAACUCAAUGAAGAUCUGCUCAAGUCCAUCGAACAGCCGAUUGCCGCCGCUCUGGAAGAUGCGAAGUGAGCCAGCGGAUGGCAUAUUUCAGUAAUUCACUCCCUUCUUUCAGUCUGAAUAUUUCUGACGUCGAUGAGAUCGUUCUGGUCGGUGGAUCCACGCAAGUUCCGGCAGUUCGAAAGAUCGUCGGCCGAUUCUUCAAGUAAGUCAGUUUGUGUUCACUCCAUCCAUCAUCUCCUUUCAGAAAGUCUGCGAAUUACGGCGUCGACCCGGAAUUGGCAGUGGUGACCGGAGCAUCAGUGCAAGCAGGAGUCAUCGGCGGAGGCUGGCCUCUUCAAGUUGCCGCGAUGGAACUGCCUGCGAAACGAAGGAAGCGCCACUUCUUCACAGAUCAGCAGAAGGAAAACGAAAAAGAUCGGGAGACGACUGCUUCGAAGGAAUUAUAA